AUGUCUGCGAGUGAACGACGUGUUGCCUUCGUAACUGGAUCAACCAGCGGGACAGGGAUAGAUAUUCUUGUCAACAAUGCAGGUUUCAACUUUGUCCAUCCAGUGGAGAGCUAUCCAGUUGCGACCUGGCACAAAAUGAUGGCCGUCCACCUUACCGCUCCUUUCUUGCUCUCCAAGUUCUUUGUUCCAUACAUGAAAAAGAAAGGAUGGGGUCGUAUAGUCAACACGUCCUCUCUCAUGGGACUCAUAAGUGCGCCCGGGAAAGCACCCUACACUGUUACCAAGUCCAGCCUGAUUGCCUUUGCGAAGGGGCUGGCAUUGGAAAUUGCCAAGCAUGGGAUCACCUGUAACGCAAUAUGUCCAGGCUUCGUCGAGACCGACUGAAACUGAACGUUUGCCUAAGUUUCUAGACUCAGUGGUUCAAAAUCAAAACGGCCAGAUAAAAGCAUUAUUUUUGUUUGUUUCACCGCAUCACCCAAUUAAAGUGUAUUAUGUUAAAGUAACAUAAUUAAUCGAAAUCAACGAAUAUUUCGCAAAAAAUUGCGUUAGAUAAAGAUAACCCAUUAAACAUUGCUAUUUUGUCGCGCUUUAGUUUAACAUGACAAUUUGAGGUGCGUGAAGUUAGCACUGACAUCGACAAUCGACAUUCGAAUAUCGAGA